GGAGCAGAAGAGAGAGAGAUGCUUCAAUGUGGAAAGUCAGAGAAAAGCUGAGUGUGGCAGAAGAAAGUUGACGUGGUGUAACUACAGCAAGGCCCUUCCUUUCUCCGUGAGAGGGGAGAGACUGAGCGGGAUACGAUAGGAAAUGUUGUAUUGGGGAAACGGGAGCCUUUGACUAAGCAUGCACGUUUACUGCUGCCAGGUUGCACAGGUGUAUUAACGGCUACAUCCACAUGCAUUCACAGCCGCAUAGGAACCGCUGAUGGGAUACUGACAAGUUUGACUGUAACUCCGCGCACACGUCCCACUCCCACACAAACACGAGUGCUCGUAUUUAGCUAUACGCUGAAAUGUACACGCUUUCUGCACCCUCCCACGUGAAAAGGCGAGCAGAACAGCGCAAGAUCCCUGUGUAACAGCAUCCAGCCCUGUGGACUUGUUAAAACUGGGACACUGGAUUCCACCGGGACUCACCUCGAGGACAGGACGGAUCAGAGUUUCCGACGUUAAGACAUCAACGUCCUCACUGGCGAUCUGGAUAGAGAGAUUCCUCGUCCUCAUCUAUCCUGAAUGAAACCCUCUGAAGGUGGAUGCUAAGCAUUAAAAUUGCAUGUCCCAGUGGAGACCUGCCAUACCAAGUAGCCAACCCGCAGCAAUAAAUCAACACUAGAGGACUUUUAUUUCUUCAUUAUCGCUUCCUGCAGCAACAACAAAGGAACAGGCAUGUUCACAGGCCUGUUGACCUGCGGAUGUGCUUCAUAGGAUUCUAUUUUUGGAGCCUCAUUGGUUUUACAGAUUAACUGCCCUCAAAUAUGGCCCCAAUCCGUUUGUUGCUCCACUAGUUUGACUGCUGCCGGAGGUUGUGUAUAUUCAUGCUUCAGAACGCCCCACUGUGUGACAGUUUAGUCAUCUGAAGGGGCACUGCUUCUUUUUGAAAGCAGUUUGAGUCCACUUUUUUCACACUCUUGCAGAGGAACAAACACUUUGCUGUAUGUAAUGACAGCUGGAAAGACUUUUAAGUUAUUCUUGUCAACUCCUAACUAAUUGCCCUCUUUCAUUGUGUAACUGAGUAAAGAUUGACAUCUGAAGCUUUUACACCGUUGCCAAGUCAGUGUGCUUAGAUUAGUGCGUCAUAAUAUUUUAUUGAAAGAGUUUUUCAGUCACACUACAGUCACACUGAAUUUCCACUGCACGUUGUUUUUAUUAAACUGUCUAGCACUAAUCGAGAUCUUUCAUCGUCAGAUUCGAGAUUUUCAUAGUGCGUGAAAGCAAAAGUAGCUACCAUUAGCAAAUACGAACUGACGCGGCCAUGUGAAAUGGAAGACACAGGCCAAAGCCUGAACCAUCAAGUCCUUAAAGAAUUGUUUAUGACAUGUGAAGAGAGGACAUUUUUGAAUUAUCCAACGUCACUCCAGCUGAACAUUUCACAGGACAAAGCUACCACUGCUUGUUUCACUCUGACAUAAAUCUGGCAUGCUUUGUUGGCCCCAGGGCCAAGCCCUAUAACAAGAGAAAAAUUAAAGAAUAGGAUUAAAGAUGGAUUAUCACUGAAAUACUAAAGCCAGCAAAGCAGCUGCCUUUGCAUACUGUAAGCCUAUUGGACUCUUCAGGGAGAAGCUCUGUUGACCAAUUUGUAGAUUGCAUUUGGUUGUUGAUGUGGUCACCUAUUGGGUGGCUGGUAUUAAAAAGGAAAGGAUGGAGAAUCUAGAUGAGCUGGAGCACCCUCUUCUGGGAGAAAGUGCCAAUAACAACUGGGGACCAGGGCCGGGGCUGGGACCUGGAACUGGACAGGCCCCAGGUGGGCUGUUCAAGGGAAUCUUGGUUAAGUGUGAGGAGGACAGGGCCUACCCUCCAUUAACAUGGAGGGGCUAUUGUGGACAUCCCCCUGAGCUUCAGCAACAGCAGCUACUGGAUCCUUGCUCCUUACCACGCACACUGGAGUCCUUUUACCCAGCAGCCCCCAUUUGGGGCCACACAGAUGCCCUGCUCAACAAAGACUACUUGGAGACCACGUUUGUGGACAUUCGGCCAGGUUCAACACUGGAGAGGAAGCUGCUGGCUGAGACGCAAGACUUCCACAGUGCAUCCUACAGCAUGGACGAUGAGGAUGACCUGCUCCCUGACUCUGAUGACUCAUCCAUCGAUGAUUUUAGUGAUACAGACAGUGAGAACAACUUCCCUCUGAUGAUCCCUCAGGACUACCUGGGUCUGGCCUUUUUCUCCAUGCUCUGCUGCUUCUGGCCCCUGGGCAUCGCUGCCUUCUAUCUUUCACAGAAGACCAACAAGGCAUCGGCUCAGGGGGAUUUUCAGGGGGCCAACGCAGCGUCUCGCCAGGCUCUCUGGCUCUCGGUGCUCUCCAUCGUGUUUGGAAUCAUAACGUACAUCUGUGCCAUCGCUGCGUUGAUUUCUUACCUGUCCGCAAAACCACCAUAAAAGCAACUCUUUCA